AUGCUGCUGGACUUUCAGUAGAGUUUAUUGCUGAUAAUAUUAGUGAAAUAGCACAGAAGUUUCUUAAUUAUGGGAUAUCACAAGCCGUAAUUUUUCUUUCCAGAAAUAAUUCAAUAACUCUCAAUUUUGAUGAUAUUACUAAUUUUCCUACUAUUAAAAAGCCAGCUUUAGGACAAGAAAGUAAAGAUCAUGUAAUACAAGAGAGUUUUACACAAGUAUUACAACCGGAAAGUUUAGUAAGUAUUAGAAAUGAUAACAUUCAAUUCGUAGGUAAAAUAACACCCGUGAUAAAGGUCAAUACAGAUAGAUAUACUUCUCAUGCUGCUGAGAUUGGUGAUAAAGAGGGAGUAAAAGCUCUAAUAAAAAUAGAGGAAGAUAUUGAUGCAAGGGAUAAAUACGUGCGAACUCCUUUACAUUAUGCCGCUAGCACUGGAAACACAACACUACAUAACAAUGUUCAAGCCAAGAGUGUACAGCUUAAUAACCUAGGCAAUAAAAGUACUUCCACAAUAAGCGGUCAACUACAAAUAUUGACACAAGAACAUACUAUCUCUUCUGAUAAUGAGUAUGAAAAAGAUUAUCAGUUAAAAUUAUCUUCAUCGAUGAAUUCUAUCAGUGAUAAUAAGUCAAAUCCAACAUUGUCUCAAUCAUCGAAUCCUAAAGGUGAUGAAGAGCGUUCAGAAAUUAUACUAAAGAAUCAAAGCAGCUUUGGGAAUAGUGGUAGUAACUCUGCUCCUUAUUUCUCUGAAGAUAGAUCUUUACUAAAGGUUUCAGCAAGCGAUAGCAAACAAGGUAUGCAAUCAGAUUCCCAAAAUACAAAAAUGUAUGUUGUAGCUAUUUCUGCAUUUGCAAUGUCUGGAAUUGUUUCAGGAAUAGCUAUUGCAGUUUACUCAGGAAUGUUAGCGAUAGGAAUAGCAGUUGGAGUUUGUUGUCUAAUUACUGCUGCAGUCAUGUACUAUUGUAAUAGUCCUUCAAAUUUACUUAAAGAUAGCAAUACUGAAGUUGCAAUGAAUCAAGGGCAGGAACUGUAA